AUGGUCCCUCUCGUAAAUCGUCAAGUGCUGAAACUACCAUCAUGCGAUGAUCGCUUUUCCACCCGUUUUAGUGGUUCUGACAACAUUCCAUCACCCUGCCAUCGCCGGGCCAGCACUGUUGGCGAUGAUGCCUCGUCUGAUCCGAAGAAAAGGGUACAUUUCAGCUCCAAACGACGGUCUCGUGACAUCAUUUGUCGGGAUGAUUACACUGACGAAGAGUUAGCUGCCUGUUGGGUCACCCAAGAAGAGAGGGAAAGACACUACAAAUCCUUUGAGAAGACUGUCAAGCGGAUGGAAUCGGGCAAGAAGGCCAAGAAGGACGAUACUUACAGAGGUCUUGAAGAUUUCUUACAUACCGACUCCAUUGAUAGGACCAUACACGAUUGCAUUGAUGCAGUUAUGGAUGAACAGGAAAGGCAAUGGCAAAUUUCAAUCAAUGUUAUUGAUUGGGAUCGGUUUCGCGAAGUCUCGCUGGAAGUAAGCACCCAGUCCGCAAAAUACGCCCUUGUAAUGGCUCAAUACGACGCACAUGAAACUUGUGCGGCGAUUAUUGCCGAAGAAGAUGAUGAUUCGUUCGAGGGUGACGAAUUUACAAAAGGAGCUGCUGAGAUCCCUCAAUCAUUUAAGGAUAACGCAAACUGCAAACAGUUUUGGCACCCAAGAAAGAUAAGAAGCCAAAUGCAAUCAUCUUGCUAG